AGAGGCGCUAGGCGGCGCACGUGGGUAGCUGCGCGGCGGGUGGGUACAUGGCGGGUUCUGCAGGGCUGGCGCUGUGCGGGCAUGAGUUGGUGGUGCGGGGCGGCAGCCGGUUGCUGGCCACCUCCACUUCGAGCAGUGAUGAUGACAGCCUCUUCAUAUAUGAUUGCAGUGCUGCAGAAAAGGAGGCACAAGAGCAUAAAGGGGAGGACGGACAGCCCGUGGAUAAGGGGAGUGACACGGUUCUGGCGUCCACCUUCUCCACGUCCGGCAGCUAUUUCGCUUUAACUGAUGACAGUAAGCGUCUGAUUCUUUUCCGUACAAAACCAUGGCAAUGUCUGAGUGUCAGGACUGUGGUGAGGAGGUGCACAGCCCUGACCUUCACGGCCUCUGAGGAGAAGGUUCUGGUAGCAGACAAGUCUGGGGACGUUUAUUCCUUUUCGGUGCUGGAGCCGCACGGGAGCGGCAAGCUUGAACUGGGACACCUGUCGAUGCUGCUGGAUGUGGCCGUGAGUCCCGACGACCGCUAUGUCCUCACUGCCGACCGGGACGAGAAAAUCCGCGUGAGCUGGGCUGCGGCUCCGCACAACAUCGAGUCCUUCUGCCUCGGGCACACCGAGUUUGUGAGUCGCAUCUUCGUGGUGCCAGACCACCCCGAGCUGCUCUUGUCCUCGUCCGGGGACCGCACCCUGAGACUCUGGCAGUACAGAAGCGGCCGCGAGUUGCAUUGUUGUCACCUGCCCAGCCUGCAGGAGCCGGCGGAGCCCUGGAGCAACAAGAGGUUCGCUGCGUCCAGGAUCACUUACUGGCGCCAGGAGGACUGCGUGGCGCUCCUGUGUGACGGGCUGCCCGUGGUCUGCCUCUUCCAGCUGGAUGUCCCCCGGCGGCAGCUGGUCUACCAGCAGCAGCUGACUUUCCAGCACAGAGUGUGGGACGCCGCCUUCGAGGAGGCCCGGGGGCUGUGGGUCCUGCAGGACUGCCGGGAGGCCCCCCUCGUGCUCUGCAGGCCUGUGGGCGGCCAGUGGCAGUCUCUUCCUGAAAGUGCUGUGUCGAAGAGGGUCUGUGCUCACCUUCGCGAGAACUGGGCCAUGUUGGAAGGCUCUGCUGGCACGGACAGUGGCUUCAGCAGCCUCUACAAGGCCACCUGCGACAACAUGACCACUUACCUGAAGAAGAAGGAGGAACGGCUGCAGCAGCAGCUGGAGAAGAAGCGACGCAGGGGGCCACCGCGCGGGUCCAACGGGCAGACCAAGAAGAUGAAGGCGGGGCGCGCACCACGGAGCUGCUCGUCCUAGCUCGGCUCGGAGCGCUCCUUGGGGGUGCUCGGCGCCUCGGGGCGGCGGGACACUGUGCUCGCCCCUCCUGCCUGCAGCGCCCUGACGCAGGCAAAGGGGGGACCUCAUUCCCGACUCGGGCUGGGGGGCGGCGAGGACUCAGCGGACACCUGGGGCCUUGCCAGGUAGCUGGACGCGGGACCCUGGGCUCUAGAACAUUCUGUUGCUGAGCAGAGCCCUCUGGCUGGAGGGAGGCCAUGCAGCGUGUGAGCCGCUAUGCCUGAGCAGUGAGUGCCUCCAAGCCCCUUCCCUUCACACUGGAGGGCACGUCACCCUGCAGCUGUGGCGCUGUCCUUUCCUGCUCGUCCAUGCGGCUUCCUCUAGGGGAGCCUGGACACGGACGGAUGUCUUUCCAGCAGUGCGGUGCACACCCGCGCUUUUCUCCAGUCCCCUCGCCCUCCUGGAUGGUCCACUACGCUGUCCAGCAGGCGGCUGCGCGCCGCGGGGGCCGUAAACCUGAGGGGAGUUAAGUCCUCGGUUCCCUAGGCAGCGCUGGCUCCGGUGCUCAGGCCCCUCGGGGUGCGGAGAGCUCCUCGCCGGCGCUGGUGGAGAUGGGAGCCUGUCCGCGACGCGUGUGGACAGAGAAGCCCGGCUGCACGCUUACUCCGCAGGGAAGUGACAGGCGAUGUUGUGUAUGUUUGAUUUCGGCUUGCACUUUGUGCACGUGCUGCAGAGCAGGAGGGUCGGCUGAAUUCUAAUUACUGAUCAAUAAAGAUGAGCUUUUUGGCAGCUUCUAGAAAUUUUAGCAGCAGCACCUGGAGCUAAUCUCAGAAUAUAUUCAGUGGAACCAUUUGUGAUGAGUGCGCUGUUUCCGACCGAAACAUUUGCCUUUUGAUUUGAAGAAAAACAUUUCUUUGGUUUGGGGUUUCACAGGGUACUUGGACACAAAUCAUUUUGUGUAUCAGAAGCUGCAAGGCUUCAAACUUUUCCUAAGUGCCUUAUUUUACUUUAAACAUUGAUCUGAAAACAGUGCUGUUUGUGAACCGCCCGGGGUAACUUCCCACAAGGGACAUCAGGACCUCCCCAGACUGGGGGCUGUCUCGGGCAAAGGAGAGCAGAGGGGGUGUGCCUGGGAUGGAAUGGGGUCCCCAGGGCAGAGUGGGGUGCCCUGGCCAUGGUCCUGGAGGGGGAGCCUGACCUCGUGAGCACCGCAUCGGGCCCAGGAAGGGUUUGUGAUAAUAGUCUGCUCUGAAUUCUUGGUUUUAGGAGCAAUUUAGGUUUGUUCAUUUUGGUGUCUUUGUCUAAGAUAGGGGUCAGCAAACGGGCUCGCAGGCCACAUGCUGCCUGUUGACCAGUUUUGUGUGGUCUGUGAGCUAAGCGUAGUUUUUACAUUUUUAAAGGUUGAAAAAAGUCAAAAGCAAAAGAUUUCGAGAUGAGUGUCCAUCACUAAAAUUUUACCGGGACGCGCCCACGCCUGCUCGAUUGGGGGUGGUCGACGUCGGCUUUGGGGCUGCAGCCGCAGAGGGGGAUGGUUGCCUCGGAGACCGGAUGGCCUGCCCAGUCUACAGCCUUGAUUUUCUGGUCCUCUGCAGAGAGCCUUGCCAGUCCCUACCGCGCGCUCUCUCAAGUCUGUGCAGUGUUUUAAAGGAACUGGUUAAUUUCACCGCGCUCCACGUGGUCCCUGAGGGCAGCUAGGGGAGCAGCCUCUAGAACCCCGGUGUCCCAGCUCUGGGCAGCAGGGGUGGCGCUGAGGGGUGUGUGAGGCUGGCCUCUUGCACCUGAUGGGGAAGCUCAGACUUAACGACAGCGGCAGUGCCAGGCAGCCUGUCCGGGAGAGCAGAGCACAGGUGAGAGGGGCCACGAACAUCUCCCGCCUUUCCGGGGGUUGCUUUAAAGUUACUUGCGUUCUGAUGGAAGCUACACACGCACGUGUCAGAGACCAGGCUAUACUGACGGGCUGACUGAGACUGUGGUCUGGUCUGCUGCUUCUCCCACACAGCCCCGCCCCACUUGGUGAUCUUCGGCCGCUAGAGGCCCGGCAGCAGGUGUGGGGGGGGGAGGGGGAGGGAGGCAGCGGCCUUCUCUUCUGCUGCGGUGCCCGUUCCGUGGGCUGCCUCCCUCUGGGACUGUCGCCUCCUGGGGGCCCUGGCUCCACCCAGCCCCAGGGGCAGACGUGGCUUCUUCUUGGUCCCGAAACCCCGUCCGCGUCUCUGGAACUAGCGUCUCCAUCAAAGGACCUUAACGAAUCUCAGGUGAGUGUGAGCUGAAUUCUCGCUGGAAGCCUGACUUAGGAGCCGUUCCUGCUCAUGUGCCCCCGGUUGCCCCGAAGUUUCUCCCGUGGUUGGCGGAACGCAGACCCGUGAGGAGCCAGCUGUUGGAUUUCCUGGGUUUUCGUCUUUUACGUCUUCACCCGUAGCAGCAGCGUCCCUGCUUCCCUCCGUGGCUUUGCCUUGAGAAGGCCGGUCCAUCGUCCUCUGAUGAGAAGAGCGGCUUCUUUGGGUUCGUCUGUUGAGCCGCGGGGGCGGAGGAGUUGAGCUGGCUUUCUUACCCCUUUACUUAGCUCUAUUUUCCGUCCUUUCUCAGUGUCCGUGUGUUUUGCGUUUGGGGAGAUUCCUUGGGCUUUGUUCCGGCGCAUUUACUGAUUUUUUAAAAACCUGGUCACCACAGUUGUGAAUUUGAAGUGGUUUUGUUCCUUCGUUUUCAUCCUAGUGUACGGCUGGCAAGUGUGCCCGGAAUGGGUAACAGUCCCAGCCAGAGCCGGGACGCUCAGCAACAGCAGAGUGGUCCCCAGGUUCCCUCCUGGCAGUUACCACCGACCCCCCACCCCUACCCCCAGGCCAGGCCGACCCAACGCGCUGGUUCGCCGCCUCUCAUGCUGUUGUGUACGGCUGUGGUGGUCACUCUCACUGCUCCCUCGUGUGAAAACACCACAGCGCGCUCACCCCACUGUCACGUGGGCAUUUGAGUAGUUCCCACUUCUGGGCUGCGGGGAGCGAGCUGGUCGCUGUCCUGGAACACGCGUAAGCGUUUCUCUCGGGAGGGCCCUUGCUGGCCCGAAGGCACUUGGACAGCGCCGCCCACCCUCGUUCAUUUCAACCCCUACCGGUACAUUCUCUUGCUCAGCCUUUGAGGUUUAACUUUGCAAAGGGGCAGACUUGGAGUUAUGGGCCGCUGUGUGUGGGCCAGUGAAGCAGCCCACUUCGUGUCGAGGCUUAACCUUGACCCUGUUCUCAGCAAAGGCGCCUUAACAAAGCGUGGAUCACCGCUCCGGGGGAAGCCAGCACGCGGUCGUGGGGACAUUCAGGCCUGCCAGUAGAUCACCGUGGCGGGGAGCUGAGGCCUCCUGUCUUGGGGGAGCUUUCUCGUGUCAAUGUGGAGAGAACGCUGUGGAUUUGUUUCCCGCAGCACUGAUCUGAGUUCUGUGCGUGUUGCCAUGCAUUUUUCUUUCUAAUUUCCAUUGUGAUUUCUUUGCUGCAUGGGCUGUUUGGAAGUGUGGUUAAAUUCCCAAACGUCGGAUGUGUUUUCUUCAGAUUUUUAAAAUUGAUUUCUGGUUUUGAUUCCAUUGUGGUCUCGAUAUACUUUGAUUCCUUUCCUUUUAGAUUUAUUGAGCCUUGUUUUAUGCUCCAGUAUGGUGGUGGUUUUAUGUGCCCUUGAAGAGAACAUGUCCCAUCGUUGCUGGCUGGAGGCGUGUUCUGUAAAUGUCCAUCAGGUCAAGUUGGUGAUGCUGUUGGUUGUUACCAGUUUCAGGAGCACAGCCAUCCUCCUGGUUUCUGUGUACCUCUCUUACGUACUGAAAGCAGUAGUUAAAUGUCUAAUUGUGGAACUAACUUUCCAUCGUUCUAGUGGUUUUUGAUUCUGAUAUCAGGUGCGUACACACGUAGGAGUAGUGUGUCAUCUUGAUGAAUGAUGCCUUACCAUUCUGAAAUAUCGCUCUGUCCCUAGUCCUAUUCUUUGUCCUGAAGUGUAGGUUAUCCUGUGAAUGCAGCCACUCCAAGUAAAAAGUUAGUGUUAGCAUGGAAUUUCUUUUUUCAUCCCUUCUAACCUAUGUAUGUGUUUAUAUUUAAAGUGGUUUCUUUUUGUUUUUUGUAGACGAUCUCUUCUUAUCCUCCAAAUUUUGGAUUUCAGUGGGAAUUCAGCUGAGCCACGUAUGUAAUUUAAAGUGUUCAGUAGUCACUUUGAGAAGUUUGAAAAAGAUAAAAUUUUGAGAAUAGUCUGUUUAGCCAAAUACAGCAAAAGUAGUGUUUUAGCAUACAAUCUAUAUAAAAGUUAUUCAUGAGCUAUUUUACAUUCUGUUUUUAGUCUUAAUUGUCAGAAAUAUGGUGUCUACUGUACAUAAGGUUCCUCUUUCAGAAAGCCCUGAUAGCCUAGAUAAACAGACUGCGUGAAUGACCUCGCUUUGCCCUUCCCACAACCUAAUUCCCACUCUUAAGCCUCAAAGUAGCCAAUAAACAGUGAACCCUUGAAGCCCUAGGCACCCCAGCGUCGACCCCAGUAGAGGCAGUGCCCCAGGCUCGUGCGUUUGCACGGGCCUCGCUGUGUGGCCCUCGGGCGUGCUGUGCCCUCUAGGACUGAGUAAUCAAGCUCAUUUCUCAAAGUUCCCUGAUGGCUUUUGCUGAAGCGCGUCCUGCAACCGUAAGAACCAGACAGGCUGGUCCAGCCACAACCUUGGCUGUGGUGGGGAAAACGUCCGGGGGCUCGCUCUAAGCAAUUCGGGUUGUGUGAAGCACACGUGCGGUUUUGUAAGGAAGCCCCGUACCGUUUUCCAGAGUGGGUGUGUCAUCUUACAUUCCUCUGGGUGAUGCACGUUGACCCAGUUUCUCUGCAUCCUCACCAGCAUUUGGUGUCAUCACUGUUUUAUCUUAAGUGAGUUUUGAGAGUUCUUUAUUCAAGUCCUUUGCCAGAUAUGGUUUGCAGAUGUCUUCUCCCAGGGCGCAAUUCCUUUUUUCAUCCUUUGAACACGGGCUCUUUUGCAAAGCAAACACGUGUGAUGUUGAUGGGCUCCAGUUCAUCAGUUUUUUCCUUUGACGGAUGGUGCCUUUGGUGUCGAGAACCCUUUUCCUAGCCCUAGCCUCUCAGGAUUUCCUCCUGUGAUACUUCUGGAUGUCUCAUGUUUCCCGUUUUACAUUUAAGUCCGUGAUCCAUCAUGAGUUAAUUUGUAUGUAAGAUGUGAGGUUCUGUUCUUUGACUGUGGACGUCUGCCUGCCCUGGUGCCACUUGUUGGAAAGGCUGUCUGUCCUCUGUUGAAUUGCCGCUGUGGCCUUCAUUGUGGAAGGAUAUUUUCACUGGAUGUAGUUCUUUAAUUUUUGUUUCUUUGGAGAUGUUCCUGCUCUGUCUCGGGGCCGCCCUAGUCUCCCCAGUGUCUGUUUUCCUCUGUGCUGGUGGCCUCAGUGUCUAUGCACAAGUCCGUGCGUGCCCCUGCAGCUGGACCCUCUGCCUUUGCCUUUGCGGGUUGGCACAGUGGCAGGCAUGGUCAGUGGAGGGCACUGGGCUGGGCUGGGGGGGCACUGCAGGAGGACGGGGCUGCUGCUUCAGGGCCCAGGGUCCUUUCUUCGUGGGCUGUGCUAUGCCGGCCAGCAGCACGGGGUGCUCUGUGACACCCCAGUGGGCUCGCAGUGAGCAUGCACCGCACCCCAGCAGGAGGCGUCCUGGCACGUGCCCUGGUACCACGUCCAGCUCCCAGGGAGUGUGUCUCCUGGUGCCCCAGUGAGUUGCUGGAACCCUGGCAGGAGGCUUUCUGCUCGCCAGCGCCACCAGCUGGCACAUCACAGCCGCACCCCCUCAGACAAGGUCCAGUCCCCACCCCAAACCCCCAGUGGGAUGCUGCCAUCUCCCCGAGGUCCACAGAUGCCACGCUUCUCCUGGCUUGUUCCCUCUGCAUGAGUCCUGGAGGUGCCGGCUACUCCCAGACCUCAGAUUCCUUUGCUCUUUAAAGUUCUUCACGCUUUACUCAGCAGCCCUCUGUUCCUGUUUAACAAUUCUUUAUAUUAGCGUUUUCCUCCUUAAAUUGUGUGACUUCCAUCUCUUGACCGAUACACCUUCUUUUCCCCACUGUACGUAAUGUGUCUUCUUUUCCUGGCUUUUAAAAAGCUUCCUCCCAUCACUGGUCGUCUGUAAUUUGAUCAUGAUGUGCUUUGGGGGCAUGCGUGUGUUUAUCCUGUUCAGCAUUUGCUGAGUUUCUUAAAUCUGUGGAUUUAUCGUCUUUGUCAAAUUUGGGAGUUUCCAAGUAUUAUUUCUUCGGAUAUCUGUUUCCUUCCUCCUUCUCUCUCUGCCUCCUGCAGACUUCAGUACUUGCAUUUCAGGCUGUUUGCUGCGGGCACUAGGGUCAACCAGUCUCAGCAGUUUCUCUUCGGGCCUUUUUCUGCUUCUGCUUCAUUGUGGAUAGAUUCUUUUUUUAAAAUUUACUCUUGGCUGCGUUGGGUCUUCGUUGCUGCGCCCGGGCUUUCUCUAGUGGCGGUGAGCGGGGGCUACUCUUCAUUGCAGUGCACGGGCUUCUCAUUGGGGUGGCUUCUCUGUUGCGGAGCACGGGCUCUAGGCGCCCGCGGGCUUCAGUAGUUGUGGCUCGUGGGCUCAGUAGUUGUGGUGCACGGGCUCUAGAGCGCAGGCUCAGUAGUUGUGGCGCACGGGCUCUAGAGCGCAGGCUCAGUAGUUGUGGCGCACAGGCUUAGUUGCUCCAUCACAUGCGGGAUCUUCCCGGACCAGGGCUUGAACCUGUGUCCCCUGCACUGGCAGGUGGAUUCUUAACCACUGUGCCACCGGGGAAUUCCAUGGAUGGAUUCUAUUUCUCAUCUUCACGUUCCCUGAUCUUUCCUUCUGUGGUGUGUAAGCUGCUGUCAUUCCAAGGCUGAGUAUUUUCUGAACCAGACAUUGUAUUUUUCAUCUCUGUAAUUUCGAUUUUGUUCUUUUAAAAAUAGCUUUCAUUUUUCUCAUCAUACUCAUUAAAAACUGUCCUUGAGCACACGGCGCAUACUUAAAAUGGUGGUUUUCUCUUACGUCGACUCCACCUUCCCUGUCGUUUCUGGCCUGUUUCUGCUGACUGGUCUACCUUCUGCUUAUGCACCUCUUUUCCUGCUGCUGUGUCCAGGAGGUUUUCUGUCGGGUGCCUGAUAUGGUGACACUGUCACGGUUGAGUGCUCAGCUCUAUUACCUUCCUUUAGAGAACGUUUCGCUCCUCUGGGCAGGCUGUUAAGCUCCUGGGGAUGAAGUCGAUCCUUCUGGGGUCUGUUCUGGAGCUCACGGGGGCAGGUUGGAGCAGCCUCUAGAGGGACAGUGUGCCCUGCUUUCUGAGGCCGGCCCACCUGGCAUCCCUGGGGAGCACCUGUAUGUUCGUGAAGUCUCCCCGUGCUGGGCUGGCCGGAGGGGCCUCGGGUGACCUCUGGUCUGGGAAUUGUCCUGUCCUCAGAAGUACUUGUGUGAGCCUCGUGGGGUUUCACCACACGUGAGCAGGGUGGUGUUGAAGCAGAGACCCAAGGGGACCCGGGCAGCCCCCUCUUCUCAGGCACCCUGUCCCAGACUCAGCUGCCCUGCCUCCGAAUUCCCUUCCACCUGGACCUGCCCCCACUGUGCUGCGGCCAAACGAUCACUUGAGGCAAAGAGUCCUCAGGCCCGUGUCGCCGGGUUUCCAGUUGGCCCUGGGGGGCGGGAUAUGUGUCUGGGCCCGCCGUGUUCGCCAUGGUCUGCGGUUGAGUCACAUUUGUCCUGUGACGAGUGAGGCCUCCCUCUCGUCUCUGACCUGCCUGUGGCCGUCCUUGGCCCAGGUGCUUGGCAGUGUUUCCUGGGGGGAGGGGCGCUGAUCUGAAGGGCAUCUUCUAGCCUUUCCUCUGUUACGUCAAUUGUGCAUCUUUGCCAGUCUGGCUUCUGGCUUUGUUUUAGAUAUUUUCUUUUUAAUAUGGCCUUUUCUGGUAGUCGGAUUCAUCCAUCUUCUUAUGAUUUUUGGGUAUCACACUGUAUUUGGGAAGGUUUUCUCCACCCUGCAUACCUUUGAAACAGCUGGUUUAGGAAGCGGGGUGGGGGGGGCAGAAGUGUGCGACCAAAGACAGGACAAGCCCGCCUGACGUGGGGGAGGAGCGUGUGGGAAGACUGUGAUUUCCGUGUCAAAAGCCAUUUGUUUUUCCCCCCAAGCCUGGCUUUUUACCCGUGAAAUGGAGGCAGAGUGGUGCUAAGAUUCACAGUGGGAUUUGCCAAUUUUUGAAGCAGAAAAUCACCAGCCUGACAUUUGAUGUUAUGUUUUGCUGGUUCCAAUUCCGUGACAAAGAAAUGAAAGAAAAUAAAAAAGCUGUGCUCAUGGC